CGCAAUCAUUUCCACAUGAGUAAAUUACUUCACUGAGUGACGGUUCAGCCAUGUCGACGGUACAGAAUGACACGAAAUUUAUCAAAACUAAGGACGACAAGAAAAUAUUUUGCAAACACUGGUUUUCAGAAGAAAAACCCAAGGCACUGAUUUUCCUUUGUCAUGGUUUGGGAGUACAUUGUUUGUGGUAUGAUGAUCUAGCCGAAGCUCUUGUCAACAUUGGAUUCUAUGUAUUUGCUCAUGACCAUGUUGGCCAUGGACAAAGUGAAGGAACUCACAAUCAUGUGAAUGAUUUUAGUGAAUACACAUCAGUCAUCUUUCAACACUGUGAUGAGGUCAAGGUUAAAUACCCAGACUUGCAGCUGUUCAUUUUUGGACAUUCCAUGGGAGGUGCCAUCGCACUAUUGGCAGCAACCAGUCAGCCAAACAUCUUUCAAGGAGUUAUUACCUCAGGACCUGCCAUAAUGGCCACACCUGGAUUAUUAGUCUCAAUCAAAGUAUUUCUAGGGAAAAUUUUGUCUAGAGUAAUUCCUAUGUUCAAAAUUGCUCACAUACAGUCAGGGCAGAUUUCACGAGACAAAGAGCAGGUAAAGAGAUAUGAAGAUGAUCCUAUGGUACAUCCAUACAUUAGAGUGAAAUGGGGUGCUGCUUGGAUAGAAUGUGUCAAAAAACUGGAAGAAAGAAUGGACUCCAUUGAGUUUCCAUUUUUAGCCCUCCAUGGAGAUGCUGAUUCUUUAUGUGAUGUUCAGGGGUCAAGGAUGUUGUAUGAAAAGGCAAAGAGCAAAGAAAAAGAGCUUAAGAUUUAUCCAGGGUUUUACCACUCAUUGCUACUGGAGCCAGAAGAAGACAGGAAAAGAGUUCAAACUGACAUAUUGGACUGGCUCAAACAAAGGAUAGAAUAAAGUGUUGGUAAAACUGACAUAUUGGACUGGCUCGAACAAAGGAUAGAAUAAAGUGUUGGUUAAAAGAAAGUUUGAUAAUGCGCAGGGAUUCCAAUGUUUUUAUUUGAUUAACAGAUUCAAUUUUGACAGGAUAUUAAUUGAAAAAAAAAAUUGGAAAGGGCAGAAAAUUUUUUUUAAAAUGUUUUCUUUUAAAUGAGGAUUAAAUCACU